AUGGCAGCAAACAACAAUAUCACAUCCACCAGUUCUAUUCUUGAAGACGAAGACUACAGCGCAGAAAUGUCCGGAAGACCGACCCUAGCCGAGAUGGGCCUUCAGGCCUCAGCUAUCCCAGUGAGACCUCCUGUUACCAACAACAGCGUGCGCAGAUUUGAUCCCCAGGUGGUCAAAAAAGACGCGCUGAGCACUCGGAUUGUUGUACAUUCUCGCUACCCCAAGUUGGUCCACGAUUUCCUGAAUCACAAGCGCCAACACGGCAGCGCCGUGGAGAAGGCUUUCUAUGUCGCCUCGUGGUCAUGGGAGCAACAGGUCGCACGGCUGAUACAGAAACGGCCCCUCGUAUUUAUGAACAGCAGCGACUACACACUCCUGCGCAACGGCUCAAGAAUCUCCAACGGAAUGAGAGAAUGGGAUCGAGUCGGUACCGACGCUCAAGGCAGUAACAAGCACCUCACCCUCGACGAGUACCUUAGCUAUGACGAGAUGAUGCUCGGCAGCCUACUCGGAGUCAGUGGGCCAAGCAACUUCAUCAACGACGGAGGGCGCUACAACUCUGCGAGCCGGGUUGAACUCGGGUCCUACGAGGAGCGAGGGAUCAUCAUCGGCCUCGUAGGAGCCAGAUUCGAACGCGCUGACCGCAUGGACUCAGUGCACGUCUUGCAACGCGUCGAUCGGCCGAGGCAACACCCAUUACUAAGCAAGAUCUUCCAGGAUUUUUUCGGCCCUACGAGGAGACCCAAUGACAGAUUCGAUGCCGAGAUGUACCGAGCACGGAUAGGCAUCACUGCUGAGAUCCUGUUACUCGAAGCCAACGACCGUGCGAAAGAGGCCGACCUGAAAGCCCACGUCUACGUCGUGGGGCUCGGAUUGGGAGUAUGGCAGGUUGCCACUCAACAGUCGACCUACUACAUCGAGGCCUUCGCCGACGCGCUGACCCGACUCGGCCCUCGGCUGGCUAACGUCGCGACAUUGGAGUUUGCCUGGAUCUCGGUCGAAGGCGCCCCUAGACGGACGUUGGAGGCAGCGGCAAACCGCCUGGGCAUCAAGGUCAAGGUGACAAAACGCAACCCGGCCGAGCUUCGCCCUGCAGAAGAGCGCAAUCAACUGUUAGUACUGAGUUAUGCCUGGGAUUCCAACGCUUUCCCAGGAAACGAGUAUUGGGAUGGUUCCUUGACCGCCAGUGGCGACCCGGCUGCUGCCUGUAUGUCAAACGUCAGUGAGCUCCACAACCCAUCGAUUAACCCAGGAUUCGUCAACCGAAUAAAUGUGCUCGACCCGUCGGUGACUCCAUAG